AUGAACAAGUUGCUGCUAUUAACUGCCGGUUUUGCUGCAGUUUUAGGGAUGCUCGAGUCUGGUAUUUUAAGGAUAUUUAGGCGAUGGGUUGGUAGUAUAAAACUAUCUUGUGACAUGUUAGCGGCAUUGCAGUUAUGGUCUCCAACACUUGCAACCGUUUCAUUUGCCAUAAACCAUACCGAUCAUCUUGCAAUUCUGGCUAUCAAGUCGAGCAUCAUUCAUGACCCCCAAAAUGUUCUUGACUCGUGGAAUACGUCUUUCCAUUUCUGUCAAUGGCAAGGUGUUACAUGUGGUCGUCGGCAUCGUAGAGUCACCAGAUUAGACUUGAAUCUCGAGGCUUUGCUGAGGAGGGAUACCAGCUUUCUUUGGAAACUUCACUUCUCUCAAAACUUUAUAGGUCCAAUGUACAACUUGCAACUAAUUAGUUUUGGUUUUAACCAUCUCUAUGGUACGAUCCCUCAAUUCUUACUUAAUUUAACAUCUUUAAAAGUUCUUAGCAUACCAAAUAACUCAAUUAGUGGAAGUUUACCAAAAGAUAUAGGCUUGGAGCUACCCAAUCUUAAGAUUCUUUACAUAUGGGGUAACAAAUUUACCGGAAGCAUACCUUUCUCAUUUUUUAAUUGUUCAAACUUGUUAGAACUUGAGUUGAGCGACAAUAGAUUUACUGGGAAGAUAAACAUAGAUUUAAGACGUAUGCCAAAUCUUCAAGUUGUUGGGUUAGGCCCUAACAGUCUAGGGAGUUCGGAACCUGAUGAGAUGAACUUCAUUGAUUCAAUGGUCAAUUGUAGUAAACUAGAAAUAAUAUAUCUUGGUACGAACCAAUUGACUGGAGUUCUUCCCAACUCUAUUGGCAAUCUCUCAUCUCAACUAAUAGCUCUAUCAUUUAGUAGAAACUUCAUUUAUGGGACCUUGCCCUCUGGAAUUGGCAAUCUUGUGAAGUUAGAGCGAUUACUUAUAGACUCUAAUUAG